AUGAGCUACAAAUUGACUACACAGUUCAAAUCAUCCCUUCUCUCUAAACAUUGGUUUGGCUUCGACCUCGAUGACACUCUCCACGAAUUCCGCAAAGCGUCUCACCACGCCUCUCAAAGCGUGUUCGAAGCCAUCAACACAAGUGAAGGAAUCAGCAUCGACACCUUGAGAAUGACAUACCAGGACAUACUACGCACGUCAACCGCCAAUGCAUUCACAGAUGGACGAACUUCAAAAGAGUACCGCCGUGAACGAUUUACUCGGCUUCUGCAGGCACAUGGAGCGAUGAAUGAUUCCAAUGUCUCUCCUUCAAACGGCUCUGGUAGCCCUGAAGCUGAUACAGGCAAGAUCCAGAACAAGGUCGAACUAUUGCUGGAUGUCUACCAGUCAUCCCUGCAGUCUCAUUUAACUCUGAAACUUGGCGUUGCGGAUCUGUUCCGUGCUUUGCAAGAGCUGGGCAAAAAUAUCAUUAUUGUUACCGAAGGUCCUGCUGAUGCACAGAAGUGGACGGUCGAGAUGCUUGGGUUGGAGCAUUAUGUUGACAUUCUGAUUACUACGAAUGAAUUGGGAAAGUCGAAGGUUGAUGGGCUUUUUGGGGCUGUUUUGGACAAGUAUGGGAUUGAUGCGGGGGAUAUUGUUUAUUUUGGGGAUAAUGAGGUACGUGAUGUACAGGCUGCAAGAGAGAGUGGGGUUUUGUCAAUCCUCUAUGAUGAGAGAAGAGAUAGGGCAUUGGAUGAUCUCGAUAACUUGAGGAUUGAUUCUUGGGUUAUCUUGCGGAAAACACUACUUGGUGCCGGAAUAGAAUAA